GAGGACUGAAGCGUCACAUCCUGUGUGCCAACCAUCAUCUGUGCGGCGCUAUGACUAUGAAUAUGUGCAGCAGAUCAGCAUCAUUCAUUGUGCUCUUCAUGUAAAUACCAUUGCGUCCAUCAUUCGGCGACGAGUGAAAGCGGAACGGCAGCGUUUACAUUCAAACAAGACGCGUGCGUUUGCGUUCUUACACCGAACAACCAAAGCAAAGCCGCUGCUUUAUUAAAACAUGUAGCGAGGGACGCGUUUGUGACGUCGCCGCUGCAUAUCGCGUUACGUCACAUGCUGGUAAAUCCGUCGCGUUUCGUCGUGCGCCGAUUGGAUUGCGAUCUGUUUGCUAAUAAAGCGGGACGCGGAAUGACACCGUCGCGCAGCAGCUGAUGUUUGAUGGACACCGAGCGCGGAGCGGCUUGAUUUCACCGCCGUGAAGGAUGAAAACCCGCGAGUAUCAGCAAAUAGAUCCUCAGGCACUCGCGACACCUACCCCGACACCUCCACCGCGACCUCUGCCCGAGCACAAGCCCAAGCGAGCCCGGAGAAAAUGGGAGGUGUUUCCCGGGAAGAACCGCUUCUACUGUGACGGUCGCAUCAUCGUGGCGCGUCAGAGCGGCGUGCUGCCGCUCACACUGGGGCUCAUCCUGCUCACCAGCGGACUCUUCUUUAUAUUCGACUGCCCGUUCCUGGUGAAGCACCUCACCAGCUGCAUCCCGGCCAUCGGAGGGGUCCUGUUUGUGUUUGUGAUCAUCUCUCUCCUCCAGACCAGCUUCACAGAUCCGGGGAUUCUGCCCCGGGCCACACCGGAGGAGGCCGCGGACAUCGAGAAACAGAUCGACAACCCGACAGGCUCGUCUUCAUCCUACCGCCCCCCGCCGCGCACGAAGGAGGUCGUCAUCAAUCAGCAGGUGGUUAAACUCAAGUACUGCUUCACCUGCAAGAUCUUCCGGCCGCCGCGCACCUCCCACUGCAGCCUGUGUGACAACUGUGUGGAACGCUUCGAUCAUCACUGCCCCUGGGUCGGCAACUGUGUGGGAAAACGAAACUAUCGCUUCUUCUACACCUUCAUCGUCUCGCUGUCUUUCCUCACGGCCUUCAUCUUCGGUUGUGUAACCACACAUCUUGCUCUAAGGUCACAAGGAGGAAAGGGGCUGGUUUUCGCUCUCCAAGCGAGUCCUGCCAGUGCUCUUGAGUUAGUGGUCUGCUUCUUUUCAGUUUGGUCCAUUUUGGGCCUCUCAGGCUUUCAUACUUACCUGGUGGCUGCAAAUCUUACUACCAAUGAGGAUAUUAAAGGUUCCUGGUCAGGGAAAAGUGGAAAUGAGGACGCUGGAAAUCCUUACAGUUACAACAGCAUUAUCAAAAACUGCUGUUCUGUGCUCUGUGGACCCAUGCCGCCCAGUUUGAUUGACAGGCGAGGCUUCGUGCCCUCCGAUGACUCCGUCCAGACCAGUCCUGUGGAAAUCGAACUCCCGGCUGCUAAAAACGACAUAAACAUGGUAGGACGAGCAUUCCAUGUAUGCACACAGGGAACCAAAGGUCUGCUGGAAACAGCCUCUCGAUCUCCUCUGCUCACGAGCUCCUGUCCGCAGGCCAAACCUCAAGCCGUGCCGGCCGUCUUGGAGACUCUUCCAGAGAUCGUCCCGUCACCUGCCCCGGAGCCGCCCAAGACCGCUGGAGGACGCCAGUCCACAAACACCCCUCACAAACAUCACUCCCACCACAGAUCCAAGGCAAAGCAAAGCACUCAUCACACCCACAACCCCACCCACAAGACAUCCAACUCCUCUCCAAGACCCCAUCACAGCCACGGCUCCAGACGGAAAGACUCCAAGAACAGAGAUCCAAAAUUCAGCUCUCUGCGCUGAGCAAUCGGACUCUGAACCUGCAUGUUGAGAGUUUUGUGGAUUAUCUGAAUUUGUCCUUGUGAAAUUGAUUGAUUCAUAGGAUUUUGGUUGUGACUUCGAACAAACAGAUUUGAUGUUUCCAGAAAAACCUCCAGGUUUAGUAAACUGGCGGCCGUAUGACUGCCCUGUAGAGGAAUCCUAUCAACUCUGCAACCUGGAGAGCAACUAUGAAGUAUGGACUUCCGUUAACACAAUGAUGAAUGGAAAGCUUUGUAAAGUGUUUCCAUAAAGACAAGCACAAAGGUCUCAAGAGUGAACUGCAGAGCAAUUGCCUUUAAGACAAUUGUCAAUCUUAACAGUGAGUUCCAAAAUGAGCUCCAUCAGAGCAGCAAUAAUGGAACAAGAACACUGUCGUCCUCGAUGUGGACGUGAACUCUGGGAUCCAUUUCUCUGGCCUCUUUUAGGUCUCAUUGGGGAUGCAUUGGUCAAGCUUCAAUAAGCAAAGAACCAAUCUUCUUUAUGCAAAAAAUAAGAGCAUGCCUGGAGAAUAUAGCUCACAAUCAUUCUUCAUCCAUCAUAGGGCUGCACGAUGAAUCGUAUUUUAAUCGUGAUCACGGUUUCUGAUUCUCUCAAUUUUUAAGCAUUUUUUAAGUCUGUGAUAUUUGCCCAUUGGUAAUUUGUCCUGAAAGCGUUUGUUUAAUUUGUCAUUUGCGUUAUUUUGCAUUGAUAUCAGGCCUCCACAAGCCUUCAUAGUUGCGGUUGCCAGAUGUCAAGUGUUUAAAUCUUCCAGUCAUAGCUUUUUUCAUGAAUUAAUACUCUUUCUUCCCAGUGGUUUACUUUUUUGUGUUUAAUGAUCUUAGUUGAGAUUCUGCUCAAAUUAAAGUGUAAUGGUGUUUGCACAACAAAAGCGAAUUUAAUAAUUUGUGCAAGUAGAUUACAUACAAAGUCAAUGCAAAGAUGCAAAUUCACGCCGGCGAAUGAAGUGAAUUGGGUGACGCGAUUGCUACGAAAGUGCAAUAUAUGCCUCAAACGCAUCUUCCACUUAAGUUUAAUGGUGUGCUCACACCUAAAUGGGAAGCGAAUACAUGCAUUGUGUCACUUACUCUAGAUGAUGGUGUGUUCACACCAAACGCAAAUUUAAUUAUUUGCACAAAUAUAUUACUUACCAAGUUAAUGCAAAGAUGCAAAUUCACAUCAGGCGACAUAAAUGACAUGAACUGGGUGAGGUGAUUGCCACGAACGCAUGAUAUUUGCCUCAACUGCGCCUUCCGCUGAAGUUUAAUGGUGUGUUCACACCAAACGCGAAGCAAAUGCAUGCAUUGCGUCAUUUGCUCUAGAUUAUGGUGUGUUCACACCAAACGCAAAUUUAAUAAUUUGCACAAAUAGAUUACAUACAAAGUCAAUGCAAAGAAGCAAAUUCACGGCGGGCAACACGAAUGACAUGAAUUGGGUAACACAAUUGCCACGAACGUGCAAUAUACGCCUCAACCGCUUGUUCCGCUGAAGUUUAAUGGUGUGUUCACACCAAAGUGCAUUGCCUCACUCACUCUAGAUGAUGGUGUGUUCACACCGAAUGCAAAUUUAAUUAUUCGCACAAAUAUAUUACUUAACAAGUCAAUGCAAAGAUGCGACUUUACCCCGGGCGGCAUGAAUGCAUGAUAUUCACCUCAACCGGGUCUUCUGCUGAAGUUUAAUGGUGUGUUCAGGCCAAACGUGCAGCGAAUACGUGCAUUGCGUAAUUUGCUCUAGAUUAUGGUGUGUUCACGGCAAAUGCAAAUUUAAUUAUUUGCGCAAAUAGAUUACAUACAAAGUCAAUACAAAAACGCAAAUAGAGACAAAUUUGUGUGCUUGCCACGAAUGUGCGAUAUUUGCCUCAAUUGCGUCUUUGGCGCACAUGUUGAAAAAUUUCAACUCAAGUGGAAAAUUUGCAUGACGCAUUCUCGCGAAUCAGCUAAGAGCUUAUUGACACAUCUGGUUGUAUCAGAAAAUGGAAAAGAGCAUUAUUGUAGACUGAAAUUUAUGAUAUAAAAAGCAUAGAAAACGCGAAUCAUUCUUGAUCCAUCUUUGCUUACAGCAGAAGUGUGCAUAAGGAUUUUUUUAAAUCUUUGCAAUCACCUUUCCUAAUAACGUACUAGUUAGAAAGUUUCAAGGCUAAAUGCGGCUAAAGUAAACAGUCUCUCAGAGCACGGCUCGUCACUCCAUAGAGAGAAGAGAGGGGCGGGGCGAGCAGAGCUCAUUUGCAUUUAAAGGAACAUCCAACAGAAUGGGUUGAUUUUUUUUUUUCAGAGCUGAUUUUGAGGUAAAACGGUAUUGUUUUACACUACCAUUUAAAAUUUUUAAACAAAGUAUGUUACACACUUUUCAUUAAGACCCUAAAGAAUCAUAUCAACUUGUGGAAAAUGGACAUCCGAUGACCCCUUUAAUUGUUUUCUAUGCUCCAGAUACCUAUAUCAUAAAUUUUGGGCUACAAUAAUACUCUGUUUCAUUUUCUGAUACAACCGGAUGUGUCAAUAAGCUCUAACGAGUCAUGCAAAUUUACAGCUCGAGUUGAAAUGUUUCAACUUGUGUGCAAGACGCAAUUGAGGCAAAUAUCGCACUCUCGCGUCAAAGGCGUUGCGCAUUUCGCGUCAUUCACAUCGCCCAGCACGAAUUUGCUUCUAUUGGCAUCUUUGCAUGUAAUCUACUCGGGCAAAUAACUAGAUUCGCAUUUGGUGUGAACACACCAUAAAAAUGUCAACUCAAGCGGAAAAUUUGCAUGUCGCACAAGCCAAUCAGCGAAGAGCUUAUUACGCUUUGUUUUUAUUCACGUGAGUUACACGAAAAACAUCCCGCGAGUAAUCUAGAGUGAUAACGCGAUGCGAAUAUUUGCUUCGUAAGUGGAAUAAUUCUGAUUAAAUGUAAAAACUAAAAGAAAAUAAUUAUGAUUACAUUUUUAAACAAAAUAAUUGUGAUCAACUGUUUAACCAUUAUCAUGCAGCCCUGAUCCAUCAUUUUGAACAAGAAUCUUCUCACCAUUAAUUCAUUUUCUUCCAAAGGACUUCAGCAUGAUUUUGUAACAUAUUGUGUUUGAAAAUGGUAUUAAGUGUGCACAAGUACCUGCUAAUGUGGAUGAGAUGAAGCUUCCGAGUUCCCCAGAUCACCGUGUUGAAGAUCUAGCUGAAAAGUUAACUGGUUAAUCUGGGUGUUUCUCUCUAAACCUCGUCACGUCCGCUGUUCUUCACGUUGCAUUCCUGACCCACUGCUGUCUAUCAGUCAUUAGUAAUGGAAGAGUCUUGAUGCACUAACUCUCAAUGCAGCAAUACUGUAAUGUUUUAGUUCUUCAUCGAUGGACUCAUGUGAUACUGUAUGCGUGGACACUUGGACACGAAUGGGAAUGUGGGUGUUGUAUUGUUAUCCAGGUUUUGACUUAAUAUGCAAACCGAAUGUUAUUUAUGAAUGCUGAUCCUCUGUUUCUCAAGACCUCUGCAACAUUUGCACAAAUAAAUACAAAGAACUA